UCGCGAUAUUAUUGGCCGGUAUUACGCUAAAGCUAGGCUAAUUAGCUCUAAGUAGCUUCACGGUGACAUGUAGUCAACUUUUUACUCAGUCAGUCUUAAUGAAGGAGAUUCAAGACUGAUUGCGAAAUGGAGUUAAGAAACAUCGAAGACCAGUCUCCGUUGGUCCAGGCUAUUUUCAACAGAAAUGCUGAGGAAGUGGAAUUUUUGUUGAACCAUAAUGAAGAUGCCAGUACGCUGGACCAAGAGCAAAGCACACCACUUCAUGCUGCUGCUUAUUUAGGUGAUGUCCAGGUUAUGGACCUACUAAUCACAUCAGGUGCCAGUGUCAACGCUGAGGAUCAGGGUUUACUAAGUCCUUUACAUCGAGCAGCAGCUUCUAGAAAUGAAAGGGCUGUUGAGCUGCUGCUGGAGCAUGAAGCAGAGGUCAACGUACGGGACAAAUUCUGGCAUACGCCAUUACACAUGGCAGCUGCAAACUGGGCUACAGGUUGUGCUGUAGCCCUGAUAUCACAUAUGUCCAAUGUGGAUGCUGUUGACAGGUCUGGGAGGACACCCCUGCAUCAUGCAGCCUAUAGCGGCCAUGUGGCGAUGGUGAACCUGCUCCAAAGUAAAGGUGCCAACGUAGGAGCCAGAGACAAAAAUGAAAGGCAGCCAAUCCACUGGGCAGCAUUCCUUGGACAUAUGGAGGUUGUGAAGCUGCUGCUGUCUCACAGCGCUGAUGCGAUGUGCAAGGACAAAUGUGGUUACACUUCACUCCACGCUGCAGCUGCCAGUGGACAGUUAGACGUGGUCAAAUAUCUCUUGAAACUGGGGGUGGAGAUUGAUGAGCCCAACAAUUCUGGGCACACAGCACUCCACAUGGCCUGUCACAUGGGGCAGGACUCUGUGGCCGUUGAACUGGUCAACUAUGGUGCAAACAUCAACCAACCCAACCUGCACGGUGACACGCCACUUCAUUUGGCCGCUGCCUCUUCCAGUGGCGUGCUGUGUCUUGAGCUGCUCAUCAACAAUGGUGCUGACGUCAACAUGCAGAAUAAAGAAGGGAAGAGCCCUUUACAUAUGGCUGCUAUGCAUGGGCGCUUUACUGGAUCCCAGAUUCUUAUCCAAAAUGGUGGAGAGAUUGACUGUGUUGAUAAUUAUGGAAACAGUCCACUUCAUGUUGCUGCCAGACAUGGUCAGGAGUUGCUCAUCAGCACUUUGUUGACAAAUGGUGCUGACAAAACUAGACAGGGGAUUCAUGGGAUGCUUCCACUACAUUUGGCAGCACUUUACGGCUUUCCAGACUGUUGUCGCAAGCUGCUAUCUUCUGGUCAGUUGUACAACAUUAUGCCGUCUCUGCUGACCAGCCAAACAUCAACAUCUGGGUUUGAUAUAAACACUCCAGAUGACCAUGGGAGAACUUGCUUACAUGCAGCUGCCUCUGGAGGGAAUGUCGACUGUCUCAACUUGUUGUUAAGUGGUGGAGCUGAACUGGAUGUGAGGGAUAAUUUGGGAAGAUCUGCUUUGCACUACGCUGCAGCCAAUGGGAACAGCCAGUGUACAAUCUCUUUGGUGAGAGCCGGUGCUGAAGUCAAUGAGCUGGACCUGACAGGCUGCAGCCCUCUGCACUACGCCGCUGCUUCACACACCUUCUGCGGCGAUGACCCAAACUUAAACCUGGAGUUCCGUUUGGAAAAGGAACAAGAGGCCUCUCUGUGUUUAGACUUCUUGCUUGACAAUGGUGCCAACCCAACUCUGAAGAACACUAAGGGUUACAGUGCCGUCCACUUUGCAGCAGCCUAUGGGAACAAACAGCACCUGGAACUGCUCCUGGAGAUUUCCUUCAACUGUCUAGAAGAAGUUGAAAGUAAUAUUCCAGUUAGUCCUUUACACUUAGCGGCGUAUUAUGGUCACUGUGAUGCCCUGCGUUUGCUCUGUGAGACUUUGGUCAGUUUGGAUGUACGGGACAUUGAAGGCCAAACUGCCCUCCAUCUGGCUGCUAAGAGAGGAUUUACACAGUGUGUGGAGGUGCUGCUGAAACACCAAGCAUCUUACACAGUGAAGGAACACAAGCACAAGAGGACAGCUCUGCACGCUGCAGCUGCUGAAGGCCACGUGGACUGUCUGCUUUUGCUGGUUAACAAGGAACAAAGUGCUGAUGUUAUCGACAGUCCAGACACACAGGGACAGACGGCUCUCAUGCUGGCAACUUUGGGGCGUCACAUCGACUGUGUUCACAUCCUGCUGGAGAAAGGAGCGAAAGCUGAUGCUGCAGACAAAAAGGGCUUCACUGCAUUACACAGAGCUACCAUGUUGGGCAGUGAGGACUGUGUAUCUGCUCUGUUGGACCACGGUGCCUCAGCUCUGUGCAGGGACUCUCAGGGAAUGACCCCACUGCACCUUGCAGCAUCCUGUGGCCACACAGACGUUCUCCACAGUUUGCUGAAAGCUGCUGUGAAAGCUGACCCUCUGGACUCCAUGUUGGACUACAGAGGCCACACACCCACCCACUGGGCAGCGUACCAUGGGCAUGACAAAUGCUUACAGACUUUACUUGAAAACAAGCUUUAUAGCAACCAGGAAGGAAAUCCCUUCACUCCAUUGCACUGUGCUCUAGUUAAUGGACAUGAAGUAGCUGCUGAACUUCUGUUAAAGACUGUCGGCCCCCAGAUUGUUAAUGUUUGUGAUGCCAAAGGAAGGACCCCGUUGCAUGCAGCUGCUUAUUCAGGAAAUGUUGCUGGGCUCCAGCUGGUCCUGGCCCAUGAAGCAGAAGUGAAUGCUGUGGAUCACUCUGGAUGCUCUGCUCUGAUGGUCGCUGCUGACUGUGGCCAGACCAGGGCUGUUGAAUUUUUGCUACAAAAGGCAAAACCUGACCUGACCCUGGUGGAUGCCAAUAAUAACACUGCCCUUCACUUAGCCUGCAGCAAGGGUCAUGAAAUGUGUGCCCUAUUAAUCCUUGGAGAAAUCAGUGACUCCUCACUCAUAAAUGCAACAAACAGCUCUUUACAAAUGCCUCUUCACAUUGCCGCCAGAAGAGGCCUGGCCACCGUGGUGCAGGUGUUGCUGAGCAGAGGAGCAGCGGUUAUGGCUGUAGAUGAGCAGGGACACACACCAGCAUUGGCAUGUGCGCCGAACAAGAAUGUGGCAGACUGUCUGGCUCUGAUCCUGUCCACCAUGAAGCCUUUCCCCCCUAGGGAGGCCUGCACUGGAACAGCCUCACACUUCAACCCCAUCCUGAAGAACUGUGGCAUCGCUGCCACCUGUGGGUCCAGUGGCAGCAUGUGCCACACCUAUGUCAAAGAUCGCCCGAGCACUGUCGGCCUGCACGGGUGUAUGACCGAGUGAAAUUUCACACCAAUGUUCACCCCGGUCUCCAUGCUUUUAGCUACAUACCAUGAACAUGUCACACAGAGCUGCUUCUCUUGCACAGUCAGUAUGAGUUCAUGCACUAGUAGCAUUGAUUGCUUCUUUAAAAUAGUCUUAUAACUAUGUCAAAAUAGAUGACCUCUUACAUUAUUAAUAGUCUUUCUGGUGAAUUACUAACCAUUAGAAAUUAACAAAAGUUGUAACAUUAGCACAAUACACAAGCUUUUUAUUGAAGCUUGUUUACAGUCGGUUCAUGUUUUUCAGAUCUUCACUUGAGCCUGAAAAAUGUCAGUUCCUCAGAGGAAACAAGGGCAAGAAUACCUGGAUGAUUGUGUGUAUGUGUGUAUUUGUAUGUGUAAGUGUGUGUGCCUUUUUGCAUUUUACUCUUGUUCUAAAAUAUCUAAUAGAUGCUGUUAACUUUUAUGCAACUAAUAAGUCUAUUUUCUUAGUGUAUCCAGAGUGUAGCAGACACUAAAAAAUAUUAUUCUAAUGUCAUUAUGAUCUUAAUAAGUUACUUUUUAGUGUAUGUAUUCUUGAAUUAUAUAGUUUACUGUUUAGUUUGGUGUAAGUAAACUUUAAAUGAAGUUAUCUUUUAAUGAUAUUAUAAUGAAGAUCCCAAAUUAUUGAGUAUUAACCUCAGGUCAGUCUGUACUGUAUUGUACUUUUGGUGCAAAAACAUAAGCACAUUUGAGCCAGAGAAAUGUAAAGUAUGAUGAAAGUUUACUAUUUCAACUUUUCAAUAUUUUAUAUUUAAUAGAAAUAACUAUACCUCUUCAUAUAAACAGAUAAACAAGCACAGGAAAAACAAGCUUUCAUGCUUUAUGAGUUCAAGUCUUGAGUCCUUAGUGAUAUUUUAUUGUUGAAAUUAAAGAUUAGUUUGAUUUUAAUCUGUUACCACUUUGAACUAGAUGCUAAGUUGAUAAAAUUGUGUGAAAAGCAUUCUCACAGUAACUUAUAAUGGAUUAUUUCUUCUUUCCAAAGAGAUUUAGUGCUAAAACCAAGAAAAACAGCAUUUUUAAACAUUCAGUUGUUUGACACUUUUGCUUGAUGAAAUAAUUUAUCAAGUUUAUCAAAUGAUGAAUUUACUGUCAAUUUUAUAAUCACAUUGUGGUAGCUUUAAUAUUAAAUUAGGUCUCUUUGUGGCCUUUGUCAAAUGUAAAAAUGACUCAACUCUGAUGCAGCUACAUAGUUUUUCUGCCUGGGAAAAUAUCCUGCAGCCAUAUUCCUAUAAACUGUUCAACAUUUAACUCAGUAUUUUUCAACAUGUGCCUGGUUAACAACUGACGUGUAGGUUUAUAAAUGGAAAAUGUGCAAGAGCUCACAGAUACAUUUUAUGUCAUUUUUUUGAAAUUGCGUCAAUGAGAACAAUGCAUGUGUAGUUGUACCAAGAUGUUAAUGCCUCCAUAGUAUUUUGACAGUACAGUUGUUAAAUGUUUAACUUUUGUAAUCUAAAAGCUGUAUACAGGCGAAGCAUAUGAUAUUUUCCCCUUUACCAGUUGUUAGCCAAUAUUUUUUUUUUAAAAUACCUGUUAUAUUACUAUAAAUGGCUUUAAACUGUUUGCACUCAGACACAAAAGUUUACAUUUUGCAAUAGGGCAUCCUUUAUGCAAAUAUUUGAUUAAAUCUAAAUUAUUACCAUUAUAUUAAAUGACAGUAGAAAUCUGUCUGUUUAGAGCAUCAUGCUUGUUUAUUUUGAGUGAAAAAUUUUUCACUGAAAAAAAGUUAGUCACCUUUCACCAUGAAUUGAAUUUUAAACAAAUAUGCAGUGAUGGUUUUUCAGCUUUUUAUGAUGGUUAAUUGUAUGUCUUCCAUCAUGUAUGAGAUGUAAGGAUGAAUUAACUUAAUGGUUGUUCAUGUGAGAGUAAAUGAAUAAAUCUCUAACAUUUGA